AUGGCUCGUCGAUAUGAUUCCAGGACUACCAUAUUCUCACCUGAAGGUCGAUUAUAUCAGGUAGAAUAUGCCAUGGAAGCUAUCUCGCAUGCAGGAACAGCACUCGGUAUACUCGCUGAAGAUGGCAUCGUUCUCGCUGCUGAAAAGAAGGUCACAUCAAAGCUGUUGGAACAAUCCGUCUCGCAUGAAAAGAUUUACUUGAUUAACGACCAUAUGUGCUGUGGUGUCGCUGGUAUCACAGCUGAUGCAAACACCCUCAUCAACUAUGCACGAACGCAAGCUCAACAAUACUUGUUUACAUACGAUGAACCAAUCCCUGUCGAACAGCUGGUUCAGAAAUUGUGUGAUUUAAAACAAGGGUAUACGCAAUAUGGAGGUCUACGACCAUUCGGCGUAUCCUUCCUGUAUGCCGGAUAUGACGCCCACUUUGGAUUCCAGCUCUACCAUUCAGAUCCCUCUGGAAACUAUUCCGGAUGGAAGGCAAACUGUAUUGGUGCCAACUCGACCAAUGCUGCAAGUAUCCUCAAACAGGACUAUAAAGAGACUGGAAUGACUUUGAAGGAUGCAAAGAGUCUUGCUGUGAAAGUUUUGAGCAAGACUAUGGAUUCUACUUCGUUGGGGAGUGAAAAGUUGGAAUUCGCUACUCUGCACCGAAACGCAAAGGGUGAAAUCGUAUAUCAUGCAUACAAGCCAGCUGAAAUCGAUCAAUUGCUCAAAGAUGAGGAUGUUGUUUCACUCAUAAAGGCACGUCAGGAAGAGGAAAACAAGUAG